AUGGCGGCAGCUCGUGAAGUUUUGGUCAGUGCAGCAAAGAAGUUCUUUGUGCUGGGGCUUAUUGGAGUUCCAAUCACAGACAGAUUCGCUAGCGUUGUCCCAGUUCGUGGUCGAUCCAUGUCGCCGACGUUUAAUCCGGAAACCAAUCCCCUCUUUGACGACCGAGUGAUGGUAGAGAAGUUAUGCCUCCGGCGGUACAAUUUCUCCCGCGGCGACGUUGUUGUUUUCCGUUCUCCAGUUGAUCACAAGGAGAAACUGGUAAAGAGGAUAAUAGGGUUACCUGGUGAUUGGGUUGGAACUCCACAUACAUAUGAUGUGGUCAAGGUUCCAGAAGGCCAUUGCUGGGUUGAGGGAGACAAUGAGAUUCCCAGCAUGGAUUCCCGAUCUUUUGGCCCGAUUCCAUUGGGACUAGCAAGUGGUCGAGUUGUCCGGAUUGUAUGGCCACCUCAAAGGAUGGGUGAAGUAGAGCGAAAAGUCCCAGAAGGCAGGCUGUGUCCCUCCUGAUGAAACAUCAACAAAAUAGACUCUGCCUCUGUAAGUUGGAGAUGCAGAUAGAUUGUUGAAGGAAGCAUUUUUAUAUUUUGUGGCUCAUUUCAUCAGGCAUUCUUUUGGUUGUUGCAUUACUGCCAUAUGUUGCAGUUUUUAAUCUCUUGAAUCUCGAUUCCACAAUUUUGGCCGUGAAACUUGAGCUAGUGAUAACCUGCUAUCGGAUGAUUAGAGAGAAUUCUUGACAUUCUUCGUACUUUCUUCUACGAAGUAUCAUUGAGGCCAUCAGCCCUUC